AUGGUGUCUCGUCUGAUACAGUUCCUUGCAUUUGCAAGUGCCCUUUCCGUGGUGUCUGCCGACAAGUACACAAGAACAAAGCCCGACCGAGGCGCGUUAGUCGUCGAUGCUUCCGGCGCAACCAACGGCAGCUACCCCAGCAUCAGUGCCGCAGUAGACGCACUGCAUAACAAGACCGAUGCCCAGAAGAUCUUCGUCGUCGCUGGAAUAUACAACGAACAAGUCUACAUUCCUCCUCAUGCUGGCCCUAUCACCAUACAAGGUUCCACGAAGGACGCUCGCGGCUACAAGGACAACGAAGUCACCUUGACAUACAAUCUCUCGCGCCAAACACCUGGACUUGCCAACAACGACGCAACAGCCACCCUCCGCUUGAACACAACAAACAUCCGCAUUUACAAUCUGAAUGUCGCCAACACCUUCGGCGCCGCGGAGAAGAACGGCCAAGCCCUCGCACUAAGCGCGCAGAAGACGAACCAAGGAUUCUACGGCUGCAAGUUCACCGGCUACCAAGACACCAUCUACGCGAACAUCGGGCGCCAGAUCUACGCGAAGUCUUUCGUCAAUGGCGCGGUAGACUUCAUCUUCGGUCUACGCGCCAUCGCGUGGUUCGACAAGAUCGAUAUCGAGUCAAUUGGUCCUGGUUGGGUCACCGCCAACGGUCGCGAAGCUGACAACAACACGAGCAUCUACGUCUUCAACCAGGUCAACGUUUCCGGAACCAACGGCACGAACUCGACCUUCCUUGGCAGGCCGUGGAGACCGUACUCGAGGGUUGUUUUCCAGGAUAGCUAUCUGAGCGAUGUGGUGAAGCCAGCGGGAUGGGCGAGGUGGGAUGAUGUACAGAGUGUGGACAAUAUUGUUUACCAGGAGUACAUGAACUAUGGACCUGGCGCAAACCCGGAGGCAAGAGCGAACUUUUCAUCGCAGCGGGAUGCGCGGAUCAAGGCGUCGGAUGUGUUCGGGAUGAACUUUGAGAAGGAGAAUUGGGUUGAUGCGGAUUACUUGUAG